AUGUCGGCGGAGAGUUGUUUCGGUAGUUCAGGUGAUCAAAGCACGAAAGGAUUGCCUACUCAUGGUGGUAGUUAUGUUCAGUAUAAUGUCUAUGGGAAUCUAUUCGAAGUUUCUAGAAAGUAUGUUCCUCCUCUUCGUCCUAUCGGUAGAGGCGCUUAUGGCAUCGUCUGUGCGGCUACAAACUCAGAGACUGGAGAGGAAGUAGCUAUCAAGAAGAUCGGUAAUGCUUUCGACAACAUUAUCGAUGCGAAAAGAACUUUGAGAGAGAUUAAGCUUCUCAAGCAUAUGGAUCAUGAAAAUGUAAUUGCUGUAAAGGAUAUAAUAAAACCACCGCAGAGAGAGAACUUUAAUGAUGUUUACAUUGUUUAUGAGCUAAUGGACACUGAUCUCCAUCAAAUUAUACGCUCAAACCAACCUUUGACCGAUGAUCAUUGUCGGUUCUUCUUGUAUCAGUUGUUGCGUGGGCUCAAGUAUGUUCAUUCAGCGAAUGUAUUACAUCGAGAUUUAAAACCCAGCAACUUGCUCCUGAAUGCAAAUUGUGAUCUAAAGCUUGGGGAUUUCGGGCUGGCGAGGACCAAAUCCGAGACAGACUUCAUGACUGAAUAUGUUGUUACACGUUGGUACCGAGCUCCAGAGUUGCUCCUUAAUUGCUCAGAGUACACAGCAGCAAUCGAUAUUUGGUCUGUUGGUUGUAUACUCGGUGAAACAAUGACUAGAGAGCCAUUAUUUCCUGGUAAAGAUUAUGUUCAUCAACUUAGACUCAUCACUGAGCUUAUAGGAUCACCUGAUGAUUCAAGCUUGGGAUUCUUAAGGAGUGACAACGCAAGAAGAUACGUUAGACAGCUUCCGCAGUACCCGAGACAGAACUUUGCUGCUAGAUUCCCAAACAUGUCAGCAGGUGCAGUUGAUUUGCUGGAGAAAAUGCUCGUCUUUGAUCCAAGCAGACGCAUCACAGUUGAUGAGGCAUUGUGCCAUCCGUAUUUAGCACCGCUGCACGAUAUAAACGAAGAACCGGUGUGUGUGAGGCCAUUCAAUUUCGAUUUCGAGCAACCUUCUUUGACAGAAGAGAACAUUAAGGAGCUUAUAUAUCGUGAAACAGUCAAAAAGAGCCAGCUUCGUUCUCUUUCUCUCCUACUGGUAGAAGAAUUUGUGCUUGGUGGAGUUCUCAGUUAG